UGCCCCGAAGCAAGAGGAAGGCAUGGAAGCCAGAGUGCCCGGGAUGGGCAUCGAGCACCAGCUGGGAAGGAGGGUAUAUAAGAACCGGACUUCACUUGUAGCAAUCGCAGUCGCGUUUUCGUUUAUCAUGAAGGCUCUGGUUCUGCUCGUGUUGGCCGGCGUGGUCGCUGGCAAAACCGGCCUGCUGUACACAUACCAGUUCCCCGCCUUGAGGACUGCUAGUGUCCAGUACUCUGUUCCGGUCGUCCAGAAUGUUAUCCCAGCCACACAGUACGCUGCAACGCGCUAUUCUGCCCAGAUAGCCCACGUUUCCGCUCCAGUAGCCACCGUGCCCGCUCCAGCAGUCCAGUAUUCCGUUCCCGUUGCCCAGUACACACAGGCUGCCGCCACCCAGUACACGAUUCCAGCAGCCACCCAGUAUACAAUCCCAGCAGCCACCCAGUACACGAUCCCAGCAGCCACCCAAUACACGAUCCCAGCAGCUACCCAGUACGUCGCCCAGGCGGUACCCGCACCGGCUGCCACAGUGUACCACUCUGCGCCACGUACCACUGUUGUGUCGUCCCCCAUCAUCGUUGAGACGAGUCCUCUUCUACAGCGCAGGUGACCACGACGACGAUCACUUCGAGAUUGAUGACGAUGACCGCAAGUAAGCGAUGAGAAGAGAUGACACACAAGAUUGCGUCCUGUUCAGGGGCUAAGGUAGCUGAGGCUUCGUGGCCAUCAACUGUUGUGUUUCGUAAAAACGUUGUGUUUCUAACGAUGUGGAAAUAAUCAUAUUGUUAUCAAUCGUUAAUUCUGAAGUUCAGUGUGCUGGGGAGGCCUAUUAAAAAAAGGUUUCUAUAACCCUUUAUCUUUCUCGCACGUUUCUACACUGACAUCUGUUUUUGAAUGCACCCUUUCUUCGUAAUAAGCUAUACCAUCUUUUGUCUUCAACAGUGAGUUAACACUAACAGACAUACUUAUGGAUGAUCUUUUAUGGAGUAAUGCACACAUAAAAUGAGAACAGAAAAGAAAUACAAUUUUUUUUGCUAUA